AUGGCAUCUGUGGUUUAUUUUCUCGACAGCAAGGGCCGUCCGUUGUUGUCCAGGGAUUACAAAGGGGACAUUCCGGUAUCUGCAGUUGAGCGCUUUCCGUACCUGCUGAUCAAUAAUUCCACCAACAGCGAGAGCUUUGACGAGGGCUCGGCACGGCCUGUGUUAUACGACAAUGGCAUCAACUACAUAUAUUUGAUGCAUAAGAAUCUAUUCGUACUGGCCAUGACUCGCCAUGACACCAACGUCUUCAACAUCAUGUCAUAUUUGCACAAUCUCGUCAAGGUUUUGGAGAGCUAUGUCAAAUCAUUGGAGGAAGAGUCGAUCAGGGACAACUUCUCUAUAAUAUACGAGUUGUUGGAUGAAAUGAUGGACUUUGGAGUCCCACAGAUCACCGAUACCAAGAUACUCAAAGAAUACAUUACGCAAGAGUCAUUCACGCUCGAGAAUGUUAUUGCCACGGCCACCGGGUCUAAGAGCGGCUCGUUAAUUCAUCAGCAGCCAAAACAGCCUCCUGCCACGCUUACAAACUCCGUCAACUGGCGUUCUCCGGGCAUCUUUUACAAAAAGAACGAGGCGUACUUGGAUGUUAUCGAGUCCAUUGACAUGCUCAUCAAUGCAAAGGGACAAAUGCUGAGCUCCGAGAUCCAUGGAGCCAUCAAACUCAAAUCUUAUCUUUCUGGAAUGCCCGAGCUCGUUCUGGGCCUGAACGACCGUUUCCUAAAUAGCGGUCUGAGCUCGAUCAGGGGUGAAACUAGAGAUUCCAACAGCACCAAGGGUAUAGAGGUGGAGGACGUUAAGUUCCAUCAAUGUGUGAGGCUGUCGAAGUUUGAGACUGACAGGAUGGUCUCUUUCAUUCCACCUGACGGUGAGUUUGAGCUGAUGAACUACCGUGUCCAUUCGCAUACCUUGAAGCCAUUAUUCAUGAUUGACUACAAAAUGAAAAACCAUUCCAACACUAGAAUAGAGAUUAUGAUAAAGGUGAGGGCAAAUUACAAAAGCAAGAUCAGUGCCAACAGACUAGAAAUCCGCAUUCCAGUCCCCGAGGACGUUGACUCGCCCAAAUUCCAUUAUAACAAGGGCUCCAUCAAAUACAUACCUAGCGAGUCUGUCGUCUUGUGGAAAUUCAAGAGGAUUGACGGCGGCAAAGAGUAUGUGAUGAUUGCAGAGCUCUUGCUUCCGUCCGUCCACGAUGCCACUAGCUUGGAGAACUUCAAAAAGAGACCAGUCAACCUCAGGUUCGAGAUGCAAGGGUUUGUGACCAGCGGGCUCCAAAUACGGUACCUGAAGAUCAACGAGCCUAAAAUGCACUACCAGAGUUACCCAUACGUGCGGUAUAUUACACGAAGCGGAGAUAAUUAUAGUGUUCGUGUUAAAUAG